AAUUUGGUGACUCGUGGUAAUACUUUGGAUAUAGUGUAUGUUCCGGAUUAAUAUCGGCUGACGUGUUUCAGUGUGACAUAUAUCGGUGAAAAAUUGAAAUUUGAAGAAACACAACAAUGUCACCACUUUCAAAAUUGCUAGCCCGACAAAUCGGCCACCUAGCGCAGAAACCAAACCCUUCACUAUUGACAUCAUGUCACCUGCAGAAACGCAUGUGUUCAUCGACCACCGAAACUACCCAGGAAGAGCCUCACCCAAUCGUACACCUACCAGGGCUGGGAGCGCUACGUGGUUCCAUGACCAAGGGUGCCUGGAGCGGUGUUCCUAUUCAGCAAUUUCUCAACAUACGCUAUGCAGAACCUGCGACAGGAGAUCGACGUUUCAAGGCACCCAUACCUGCUGAACCUUGGGAAGGAAUACAGGAUGUUUCCAAACGUGGUCGAACAGCACCGUACUACGGUGAUAUGAAGAAAGUACCCAAGGAAGAACUGAAGAACAAUCUGGAAGAUUGCAUAAGUCUUUGUGUUUACACGAAAGAUCUUUCAGGCAAAAAACCGGUAGUGGUCUACGUACACGGCGGCGGGUUCUACAGUGGCAGCGCCCUUCAGCACCCUCCAGAAUAUCUGCUCGAGAAGGACAUCGUGCUCGUAGUACCGCAGUAUCGACUAGCCGCUCUCGGAUUCCUAUCUACCAAAACCGAAAAUAUACCAGGCAACGCUGGCGUCAUGGAUGUUCUACUGGCAUUGCAAUGGGUUCAAAAGUACAUUUCCCAUUUCGGGGGUGAUCCCGAGCAAGUGACAGCCUUUGGUCAAUCUGCCGGAGCGGGUAUCCUUUCGGCACUGACGUUUAGCCCGGUUACGGAAGAAUCAUUGUUCAGUAAGGUGAUCUAUAACUCGGGAGCAGGACUAGCGAGCAGCUGGUCGUUCGACGUCAACUGUGAACGAAAUGCUAGGGAUAUUGCCCGGAGAGCAGGCUGCGAUCCAAAAGCUCCGUUGGAAGAGGUUGAAAAGUUCCUGAUGCAGUUGGAUACCUACACAUUGCUGAAGUCAUUCUCGCAACAUAUGUGGCAGGGAACACCAAACGGUGUCAAUACGAUCGGCGGCCAUCGUUUCACUCUUGGAGGACCCUCAGGAAUAUUCCCUAAGACUCCAUAUGAGGUGAUGAAACGAGGAGGCGGACGAAAGAAUCUACCAAUGCUAACAGGGGUUGUGAAACAUGAGGGUACGUUUGCGUUAGUGGAUAUAUUUACAAUAUUGGCACACAUGAAAUUAUUGAAGGAUAGCGAAUUUAUGCGGUACGAUUUACUGGAAGAGGUAUCACGAAUCUAUGGAUCUACAGAGAACAGUAACACGUUGGGCCCACUGAUCGCCAGAGCAAUGUUUGAUGUGGAGGACUUGGUAUCAGGAGAUAUUCGUAGACUUAUACCUGGGUUGAUCGAUUACAGCGGAGCAACAAUCAUCAAAACCACGGUUCUGAGAUCGGCGCAGUUCAAUAGUCGUUACAACCCAGACAAGACCUAUGUCUACAGCUUUGACUAUUACGGCGAACACAGUCGCUUCGGUUUCGAUCAAGAUGUCAGUCGGAUACCAUUCGACGGUGGCGUUCACCACACGAACGAUCUUCUGUACUUGUUCCCAUACCCUAAGUCCGCAGCAAAACUCAACCCACAGGAUACAGAGAUUGCCAAAAAGAUGGUUGAUCUUUGGACAUCGUUCGCGAUAGAUGGCGUUCCAAGGACGAAAGAUCUCCCCGAAUGGCCUACGUUCAACAAAUUGUACGGUCCAUAUCUGCAUAUAGACAAGAAAUUUAGCAUCGGGCACAACUUCUUAGAUGAGCUGACUGUCACGAACGAUGAAGCUCGAGCCGCCGCGAAGAAGUGACCGCACAGACUGUUGACAGCACCCACCGAUUUGAGCAAUAAAACAUUGAUAUGAAUGUUUCAGUUUUACGUCACUACCUCAACAAAUGUAAAUUUUGCUCACUACUUUUAAA